AUGUUCGCGUCCAAGUUCGGCCACAAGAGCGCGCAGACGCGGUUCAACCUGCUGCUGCUGGAGGACGGCGAGUUCUUCCUCGAUGACUUCAGUGUGCAUCGCUAUCUCGAGCCCAAUCCCGACACGCACCGCAAGGUGCAGGGGCGGCUGAAGAUGUGCACAAGGGGCUUCUUCUUUGAGCCGCAGGACAGCAACGUGCCCGUUCUGAGGUUUUUCUUCCGGGACAUGAAGGAGAUGCCCGUGGCCGAGCUGCACGACCACCCAGAGGCCGGAGACUGCGCCAUUUUCCUGACCUUCAAGGUGUCGUCGGUGCUGGAGAUGAAGGAGAGGGGAGUGGACCACCCGUACGUGCAGAAGGAGACGUCGGGGGACGCUGGAGCUGCCGUGCCGGAGAAGUACAUUUUCUCUCUGCUGCACUCCAAGAUCGAGGAGUUUCUGAAGAACGUGCGUCCGAUCUGGGAUCUGGCGCACAAGGACAGCGUCAUGAACAAGGUGGACGAGGAGGCGCUGCUGGAGCCCGUGCUGACACCGAGGCAGACGGAUCAGUUCGACUCGAGUCUGUUGGUGGACUUCCGUGAACGUCCGCUGCUGACCAAGGGCAAGCUGGUGGACCGCAUUGUGCCGCUGCUCAAGUACCCGGGCUGCAUGAUGCUGACGAACCAGCGACUGUACUUCCAGCCAGCGCAAGUGAACAACGUGGGCGACCCCGUGCUGAAUUGGGCGUACAACACAAUCGAGUACCUGUACAAGCGCCGCCACAUGCUCAAGCAAACGGGUCUGGAGAUCUUUCUCAAGAACGGAGAGAGCUUCUUCUUCAGCUUCCGAAACCACCAUGACAGAGACGAAGUGUACGACAUGAUGGUAAACCAGCCCGACUUGAGACACCUGCAGCAGACGGAUCUGGAGUCGAUGCUGCGCAAGUGGCAGCAGCGCGAGGUGUCCAACUACGACUACUUGGUGUACCUGAACAACGCUGCCGGACGCACGAAGAACGACCUGACGCAGUAUCCCGUGUUUCCCUGGAUUUUGAACGACUACGAGAGCCCGUCUAUUGAUUUGUCGGACCCUGCGGUUUAUCGUGACUUGUCCAAACCUAUCGGAGCGCUGAACGAAGAACGCCUGGAGUUUUAUAAAGCGCGCUUUGAAGCCAUGCCACGCGGCAUGGAGGAUGAGGGGUUACCGCCACCGUUUCUCUACGGAACCCACUACUCGACACCCGGAUACGUGCUCUACUACUUCGUGCGUAUGGCCCCGGAAUACAUGCUGUGUUUGCAGAAUGGCAAGUUCGACGCCCCGGAUCGACUCUUCCAGAGCAUCCCCAGCACCUGGAGUAGCUGCAACACAAACCACGCUGACCUUAAGGAGCUUAUCCCGGCAUUCUUUGACGACUCACUGCCGCCGGAGGAGUGGCUUUGCAACGGCAAGAAUCUGGAUCUAGGAACGACGCAGAAGUUGACAAGGGUUGGAGACGUUGAGCUGCCCGCUUGGGCAUCCAGUCCGUCUGCCUUUGUUCGUCUCAAUCGGGAGGCUCUGGAAAGUGAGUACGUGUCCGAGCAUCUUCAUGAGUGGAUCGAUUUGAUUUUCGGAUGCAAACAACGAGGCGACGCUGCAAUCGAGGCCAACAAUCUGUUCUACUAUCUGUCGUACGAGGGCUCGGUGGAUCUUGAGACCAUAACCGACCCUGUGGAGAAGUGUUCAUUCGAAGCACAGAUUCAGGAGUUCGGGCAGACUCCGAAGCUGCUCUUUUCUGGCGCCCACCCUUCGCGGAAUGAUGUUGGCAAAGCGGUCGAUAACCGUAGUCGAGAGGAUAGCGUGGCGGGUGAAGACGAUUCUUAUGAUGAGAACGGUGAUGAAGGGAAUGCAUUACCGGGCAAUCGGCGCAGUAUGUUUGGUUUCCGAACGCGCUCGUUUGGUGCAAAACAAGCGCAGCGUCUUGUAGGAGGGCUCACAGCGCAACUCCGGCGACGAAUGAGUGUCGAGUCGUCCAAGCGCUGGAACUGGACUCUUGGUACCAGCGGUGAUAUGUCGGCGUGGUCACCAUCGGCGCGAUACAUGCUUCACGCCGGUGAGGUGACGUCGCUGGUGUUGGGCAAGGAUGGUCGAGCGUUGUUCUCGACGUCAAAAGAUACCACUUUUAAGGUCUCGGCGACGCUAGAUGGAACUCUGCGGCGCAACCUGUCGUGCAACUUGGCUCUGUCGUGCUGCGAUGUAUCACCCGACGAGAAGUACGUGUUUAUUGGGUCUUGGGACAAUUGCAUCUACAUGUACUCGAUGGACGUCGGCCGAGUUGUCGACCAGAUUACGGCACACGACGACGGUCUCUCGGCUAUUUGCGUGUUUGAGGACCGCUUGCUGUCGAGUUCGUGGGACGGUUCCAUCAAAAUGUGGCACUACACCCCCAAGGGCAUCGCCACGGCACCUUUGUCGACGUUUAUGGAGUGUGAAGAGUCAGUGGUCAGUCUGUGCAUCAGCAAUGAUGGCUCCACGGUCGCUGCUGCUACCAAGAAUGGGAUCGUGUACCUGAUUGACUUGCGUACCAGCGAGCUUAUGCGCAAACUGUUCGCCAGUCCUGUGCAGCGUGCCGAGAUUAUCGGCCUGACAUUCUGCGGCGGAUCGUCGACUCUUGCGUGCAUGAGCAAGGCGAACGAGCUCUCCGUUUAUCAAACUGACGGUACAAGAAUGAUCACUGUCAACGUGAAUGCUGAUGGGCCUGUCCAGUGCUUCGACUCGGAUGGAGAAUACGCGGUAGGAGGAACUUCUACGGGCAAGUUGCUGUUCUGGAAGCUGGACGAGCCCAGUGGCCAGGAGCAGGUGUUGGAGAUCCCAGAAGCGCAUGCCCAGGGCGUGUCGGCGCUGACUGUGAGCUCGCAUGGCUCCACAAUUGUAUCGGCGUCUGCUGACGGAGGGAUUCGCAUUUGGCAGCUCCGCAAGAAGGCGUCAUCUCGUGGUCGACUUCCUGCCUUCUUCUAAGCACCGGAAUGUGGGAUGAGGUAAGACUUCGUGAUGCGUUGCAUUAGACGUGGGCUGUUUUUAGGAGAGAUAUCCAUGUCAAGAUUUAUGUUUAGAAGCU